GGGACCUCCUCAGCCUCAGAAACGCAGCCUCAGGAACCAGGGAAGGGACCUCCUCAGCCUCAGAAACACAGCCUCAGGAACCAGGGAAGGGACCUCCUCAGCCUCAGAAACACAGCCUCAGGAACCAGGGAAGGGACCUCCUCAGCCUCAGAAAAACAGCCUCAGCUGCUACGAUGACAACAAAUCUCACGCAACCCUCGAAUUGCAGCUCCUUCAGCAACAGCAUCAUGGAAGUCGCCCUCCCUUGCCUGUUCUUCCUGAUGUUCCCUCUAGCCCUGCUCCUGAACGGCGUGGCCUUCUGGGUCUCCCUCCACCUGCGCUCCUCCUCCACCUUCAUCAUCUACCUGAAGAACCUGGUGGUGUCGGACCUGGUCAUGACAGUGGCCGUGCCCCUCCUUGCUGCCAGCAGGCUCCCCGGGGCCACGCUGGGCCUGCAGGUCCUCACCUGCCGUUUCUCCAAUGUCAUCUUCUUCACCUGCAUGUACAUAAGCAUCACCCUGCUGGGCCUCAUCAGCCUGGAUCGCUUCUUCAAGGUGGUGCGGCCCAGAGGCAGGCUGUUGGGUCAGAACCUGCUCUUCAGCAGGCUGGUGUGUGGGGCGGCCUGGGUGGUUCUGUACGGGGCCACCGCGAUUCCCACCAUGAUUCUGACAGACCGAGAACCCAACAACAGGACAGAAAAAGUCUGUAUGUCUCUGAAGGGUCCAGCCGGUCUUCGGCUACACACAGUCGUGGUCAUCUUCAUGGAUGUCCUCUUCUGGUCUGUCAGUGUGCUGGUGGUGUUCUGCUACGUCUGCAUCACCAAUAAGGUCCUCCAGUCCUUCAGGGACUCUGGCAGCAACAACAGCCAGGGCCAGAAGAAGACCAAGCUCCGCGUCUUCCUCGUUCUGAUGGUCUUCUUCGUGUGUUUCGUGCCCUACCACAUGGUGAGGAUUCCGUUGGCUCUUCAGGAGAGCUACGAGGUCACAACGUGCUCUGGCCUCUGGGUGGAUGUUGCCAGCAUGGUUCCUCUGUGGCUGUCAACCACCAACGUCUGCCUGGACCCCCUGCUCUACGUGUUCCUGUGUAAGGAGUUCAGGGAGAAGCUGAUGGAGAUGGUAAAACGAAGAAGGAAUUGUGUCAGCAGGCCUUGACUUCCCUUUGUUUUCCAACAUUCAAAUAAUCUCAAACAUCUCUUUGUUCUCAACA